ACCUUCAUUCCACAACCGCACCGCCGCGGCAGCGCCCGCCAUACGCGAACUAUUAACAAUAACCUAUCAACAAAGGUGCAGAGAUGGCCAUGUCACCCCAGGGCGUCGCUCACCCAUUGUUCGGCGCAGAGGAAAGCGCAGGACGCUACGUGCAUCCCAAUUAGCGAAGAGAGUUUCGGCGACGAGUGAAUACCAAGUACAGACUCAUCAAUACGACACUUCGACGGCCAAAGGCCAAGGAAUAGCGUGUGUAAAAUAAGCUGUUGGAAAAAAAUCGCAAGGGAAAUUCGGCUCGGAUUAUUUAUUACAAAGGAGGGCAUAUGUUUGUUAUGCGAGUGUGUGCCCGAAAGUUAGCGAAAUUUUGGCAACGCAACAUACGAGUAACUGACGAGUGUGUGGAAGUAACUGUUGGAUACAUUGUGUUGUGGUCGGUCGUUGGGAACGCUGAUGCCUGAUAGUGAUCCAGUGUCUGGACUUGUAUUUGUCUGUGUUGUGAUAAGUGUUCGUUUUUGAACGUUUAUUAACGGGUCGACAAUGGAGAGGAUACCAAGAGUACUAAUCAGUAUAGCACUCGCAGCACUUCUACCCAUGGCAUCACCAGACAACCAUGAAGAGGUGGCCAAGGAGAAUGUCCCCCACUCACGCCAGAAGAGGAUACUGUGGAUUACGAACGAUGGUAGGCUGGCUCUACCACCAGGCACCACCAUGGCAAUCACACCAUCGAUAUCAAUGCCGUUUGUAAGACAUCCACCUAAAGGCUUCUUAUCUAACAUGACAGUUAGUUUUCCUUUUACAAUUGAUUUCGACAAACUUGGCUUAACGGAUAACGAAAAUCCUUACGGCGAUUUGCCUCCAAUUUUCGCACGAUCCAUGGGAAAUGUAGCAGCAUCAGUCAUGGCUGACUACGUGGGACAAUACUUAGAUAACCGGAGGGGGAAAAGGUCAACACGAGAAACAAUCCCGCCCGAAGUUGAGGGCAUGGUUUUGGACAGGUUUCAUGGUGGAGAAAGAGCACUAUUGUAUGGUAUCGCAGAGGAUCUGCUAGCAAACUUCGGACUAGAUGGCAAAGAGUGUCUGCUGCGUGCCAUUUGUGAGAUACACGCACAUCCAUUGCAGAACUUUGGAUUCCUUGGCGAAGUCAUGAAGCUUUUCUUUAGCCCUAGUAAAUCGCCCUACGCAAAUCUAAUAGAGGAAUAUGUAAAGGCUCAACGAGCUGGGGAGUCAGGCGGAGAAUGCUGGCCGUAUUAUAGACUCUGCCCCAAAAGCAUCUUCAUGCCUUCUUCGAAUAAAUAUUCGAAAGACGCGGAAACUCUGCACAGGCGACAGGAACAAGAAAACAUCGAUAACAACAAGAUGGAAGUCAAAGCUAUGUAAAUAGACGAUCGUAUCAAAGCAGAGAAUGCUCAAGCCAUCGUAGACGUAAUCGGAAUUCCAAAUGUAGUGGUAGUUUUCAACCAAAGUUGAUGCAAAUUUUAGUCUACUAGAAUGUAUUAAAUUCAUAAAAGUUUGCGGUAUUAAUAUUAAACAAUUUGGAAACAUGUUCUAUUAACCCAAGUAAGAUACUUAUACCUACUGAUAAUCGAUCAAUUGUUGAGAACACCAGGUUUUAUUCAAACAGGACAUUAUGGUCCUAUAGAUUCAUAAAAAUCUGAUUUUUGCAGAACAGAUAAUGAAAUAUAUUUAAAAUAAAAUGGUAACCUUGUAAGACUUUUGAUUCUUUAUUAUUAGAGGGCAUAGUUGUUGUCAGGCAAACCGAAAUCUGGAAUAUGGCUUGGAAGGCAAAACCACCUCUGUUCGCUAAGUUCAUAGUUUUGUCCGAUUCGCCAUGCUUAUCACAUACACAAAAUUUGAGCAGUAUAGUAAUGAAUAUAAAGCGAAAAAAAUAUGGAGAAACAGGAACAUCACAAAGGCGGAAGUGAGAAAAAGACGAUCUAGAAAUGUGCUGUUGGAGUAGAAUGCUUGCAUAUCCUGGACACAGUUCAAAAAUCAACAUAUAAUUUCUCCAAGAACUGAGGAUCAAACAGCGUUUUCUACACUACGGGAGGAAUGGCGAUGGUUUGUUAGGAAUGCCACCACCCUUAAAUGACGACCACGACCACUCUGCCAAGAGUGUAGCGACGAAGAAAAAGAAGUAAUAAAUAAGAAAUUCGUUUUUGGGUCCAAAGACUUUUAGAUUAUCGGUCAGUGAUUGAAAUAGCAACAAGCAAAAAUAAAACAUCAAGGUACAAACAAAUGCUGGCGAUUAUUUUAACUUUUUCGCAAACUUUUAUGAAUUAAUAUGCCAUAUUUAUUUUAUCUAAGUGCCAUUGAUUAAUGAUUAAAACGAGAAGGGCGAUGUUGAUGUAUUUUACAUACUUCGGUAGUUUUACACUUGUCUUCAUAUUUCAAGAAAGGUAAGAUACAAUUCUUCAUAUCUGUAGAUCGUGUAUCUUAUGGGGUUGUUCUUUUUUAAUUAACUUUGUUUAUCAACCCUUUUACCUUAUGCAAGAUCAGUGUUAGUCCAUCCUAUUAUGUUUGAUUAGUAAAACACGCAAUUGCUUUGUAAUAUUUAUUUAAUAUAUUGAUACCAGGAUGUUAAAAACAUUUAAAAUUUUUACCGUUGUUAAUUUGUUAUUUGUUAAUUUUUUAGCGAAAUCCUACUAGAACUUAGAUUGUACUUUUUGUAAAUCUAUUUAUUUUAGCUAAGGAAAUUCUUUAGUAAAUAUUAGUUAAUACUUAAGUUAGUUAAAUAUUUUUGUGUUUAAUUAUUUUUUUUAUAAAUAUAGUUUUAUUCGUUUUUU